AUGGACAAGGAGAAGGAGCGGCGCGCGACGUGGGUCCCCGGCGCCGUCAUCGUCGGCGCGGGUCCCUCGGGUCUCGCCGCGGCGGCGUGCCUGGCGGCCCGUGGCGUGCCGGCCACGGUGCUGGAGAGGUCCGACUCGCUGGCCUUCACGUGGCGCCACCGUAUGUACGACCGCCUGGCGCUCCACCUCCCCAAGCGCUUCUGCGAGCUCCCUCUCCUACCGUUCCCGGAGGAGUACCCCACGUACCCCAACAGGGACCAGUUCGUGACGUACAUGGAGCGGUACGCCGCGGCGUCGGGGGUCGUGCCGCGCUUCGGCGCCAGCGUCGAGGAGGCCGUCUUCGACGUGGCCCUGGGCGCCUGGGCCGUGCGCCUCGCCGGCGGCGAGGUGCUGAUGGCCAGGUGGCUCGUGGUGGCGACGGGCGAGAACGCGGAGCCGCACGUCCCGGAGUUCCCCGGCUUGCGGCAGUUCGCCGGGCGCGUGCUGCACACGUGCGAGUACAAGUCCGGGGAGGAGUUCGCCGGGGAGAAGGUGCUGGUGGUGGGGUGCGGGAACUCCGGCAUGGAGGUGAGCCUGGAUUUGUGCCGGUAUGGCGCCAAGCCCUCCAUGGUGGUGCGAAACACGGUGCAUGUGCUGCCGAGGGAGAUGUUGGGUCUCUCCACAUUCGGCAUCGCCAUGGCUCUGCUCAAGUGGCUGCCGGUCCAGCUCGUCGACCGGUUCAUCCUGGCGGCGGCUCACCUGACCCUCGGCAACACGAGCCAGCUCGGGCUUAGACGACCAAAGACGGGGCCCAUCGAGCUCAAGAACCUCACCGGCAGGACCCCUGUGCUGGACGUUGGGACGCUAGACCACAUCAAAUCAGGCAAAAUUAAGGUGGUAGGAGCAGUGAAGGAGGUAACGAGGGUCGGGGCCAGGCUCGCGGACGGCAAGGAGGAGCAGUUCGACGCAAUCAUACUCGCCACGGGCUACAGGAGCAACGUGCCCUCCUGGCUCAAGGUAAGCAUAUCACACAGUGACGCCAUGAAAAGGACUCCCUUGUUCGUUUUUGGUCUGCACAGUUUAUCAACAGUACGGCUACCGUCACCCAGCCUGCGCCAUGGCGUCACGGCCGGCCUCUCCUUCGUCCUCAGCCUUCAAUUCCCCUGAUCGGCCAUCCUGUCCCUCUUUCCCCUUCUCGUGUGCUGGGGACGGGCAGAGGCAGCUCGUGCCCCUUGCCAUGCGCUCCUUUCUUCCCCAAGUGUCCUUCUCUCUCGCGCCAAGUGAUCGAGUCAGUGACUCACCGUCGGCAUGGGCGCUGCUACUAGGCCGGCCGCAUCCC